AACAUCUGGCCUAGGCCGGAUCCUCAGCCGCCUGCAGCAAACAUUCCUGCCAGCAGGUGGCAGCAGGCCUCCAGGCCGCAAUGCCCAGCCCAUCUGCUGACCACAACCUUGCCACACCUCUUGGCAUGGGGUGUGUGCUUUUGGGGAUGAGGAGGUGGGUAGAAAUGAAUCAGACAUGGGCCCUGCCUGUGUGGAAAUUAGAGCACAGGCAGAGAGACAGAUUCCCAGGCUAUAAAACAGAAUAAAAUGGACUGUCUGAAAUGUAAGAGACAGCAUGGUGUAGGGGAAAAAGCAAGGGCAGUGGGAUUCACACAGACCUGUCCUGACCCGAUGCCGCCUCUUACCAGCUGGGUAACCCUUGGCAUGUUGAGUAAUGUAACAUGAACAAUUGUAAUAGCUAACAAUCGCUAACAUUGAUGUGAUGCUUCCUGUGGCCAGGCACAGAGCCAGGUGCUUUACAUACAACUCAUUUAAUCCGCAACAACCCUUGAGGUAGGCACAGUUAUAUCCCCAUUUUACAGAUCAGGAAAUGAAGGCACAAAGAAAUCAAAGUUCUUCCUAAAGGUCAUGCAGCUGGUGGUGGGGAGAGCUGGAUUUGAACCCGGGCAGGGCAGCUGCUCACCUUCAUGAUGUUGCAUUCGUAUCUGUGGGACUGGCACAGUGCCUGGCACAAGAAUAAGACUCUUAUUAUUAGCUGUCAGGACUAAUAAUUCAUGACAAUUCAGGACGACAAAAGCUGUCUCCCGAGUGCUGUGUGUUUAGUGUCACUAAUUCUCCAUCUUCCUGGCAGAUUUGGGCAUGUGAGUGUGGCACACCUCCUGUUGGAUCACGGGGCUGAUGUCAAUGCCCAGAACCGGCUAGGGGCCAGUGUGCUCACUGUGGCUUCUCGGGGCGGCCACCUGGGUGUGGUGAAGCUGCUCCUGGAAGCCGGUGCCUUUGUGGACCAUCACCACUCUUCGGGCGAGCAACUGGGGUUGGGCGGCAACAGGGAUGAGCCCCUGGACAUCACGGCCCUGAUGGCCGCCAUCCAGCACGGGCACGAGGCCGUGGUGCGUCUACUGAUGGAGUGGGGUGCGGACCCCAACCGCGCAGCCCGUACUGUGGGCUGGAGCCCACUGAUGCUGGCCGCACUCACUGGGCGGCUUGGAGUGGCCCAGCAACUGGUGGAGAAGGGCGCCAACCCUGACCACCUCAGCGUGCUGGAGAAGACCGCCUUCGAGGUUGCACUGGACUGCAAGCACAGGGACCUUGUAGACUACCUGGACCCGAUGACCACCGUCAGGCCCAAAACAGAUGAAGAGAAAAGGCGACCUGAUAUUUUCCAUGCAUUGAAAAUGGGAAACUUCCAGCUGGUCAAAGAGAUUGCCGAUGAAGACCCCAGCCACGUGAACUUGGUCAAUGGGGACGGGGCGACGCCCCUGAUGCUAGCAGCUGUUACGGGGCAGCUGGCUCUGGUGCAGCUACUGGUGGAGAGGCAUGCGGAUGUUGACAAGCAGGACAGCGUGCAUGGCUGGACAGCCCUCAUGCAGGCGACCUACCAUGGGAAUAAGGAAAUUGUCAAAUAUCUGCUAAACCAAGGGGCUGAUGUCACUCUUCGUGCAAAAAAUGGAUACACAGCCUUUGACCUGGUGAUGCUGCUGAAUGAUCCCGACACGGAACUUGUUCGACUGCUGGCAUCUGUGUGCAUGCAGGUGAAUAAAGACAAAGGCCGUCCGAGCCACCAGCUGCCCCUGCCCCACUCGAAGGUCCGACAGCCCUGGAGCAUCCCAGUGCUGCCUGAUGACAAGGGUGGGCUGAAGUCCUGGUGGAACCGAAUGUCCAAUCGGUUCCGAAAGCUCAAACUGAUGCAGACGUUGCCCCGCGGGCUGUCCAGCAACCAGCCUUUGGCUUUCUCUGACGAGCCUGAGCCAGCUCUGGAUUCCACAAUGAGGGCUGCCCCCCAGGACAGGACAAGCCGCUCUGCACUGCCUGAUGCAGCCCCUGUGACCAAAGACAAUGGUCCUGGGAGCACAAGAGGAGAAAAGGAAGACACGUUAUUGACAACCAUGCUUCGAAAUGGAGCUCCCCUCACCAGACUGCCGAGUGACAAGCUGAAAGCAGUCAUCCCCCCAUUCCUACCUCCUUCCAGUUUUGAGCUGUGGAGCUCUGAUCGGUCCCGGACGCGUCACAACGGGAAGGUAGACCCCAUGAAGACCGUGCUGCCCCAGAGAGCCAGCAGGGGCCACCCUGUGGGUGGCGGGGGCACAGACACCACACCCGUCAGGCCUGUUAAAUUUCCAAGCCUCUCCAGAAGCCCAGCCUCUCCUGCCAAUUCUGGAAACUUCAACCACUCGCCUCAUUCAUCGGGCGGCUCCAGUGGGGUAGGAGGUGUGAGCCGGCAUGGUGGGGAGCUGCUUAACCGCUCAGGUGGCAGCAUAGACAAUGUCUUGUCCCAAAUCGCUGCCCAGAGGAAAAAAGCAGCUGGAUUAUCGGAGCAGAAACCCAGCCAUCGGUCAAGCCCUGUGGGGCCAGCACCGGGGUCCAGCCCAUCUGAGCUUCCAGCCUCCCCUGCAGGUGGCAGCAUUCCCGUUGGCAAGAAAUUGGAGACCAGCAAAAGGCCUCCAUCUGGAACUUCCACUACCUCCAAGAGCACCUCUCCAACCCUCACGCCUUCCCCCUCACCCAAAGGGCACACUGCAGAGUCCUCAGUGUCUUCCUCCUCAUCCCAUCGGCAGUCCAAGAGCAGUGGGGGCUCCAGCAGUGGCACCAUCACAGAUGAAGAUGAACUGACCGGAAUCCUUAAGAAAUUAUCACUUGAGAAAUAUCAGCCCAUUUUUGAGGAACAAGAGGUGGACAUGGAAGCGUUCCUCACACUGACUGAUGGUGACUUGAAGGAGCUGGGAAUUAAGACAGAUGGGUCCAGGCAGCAGAUUCUGGCAGCGAUUUCUGAACUGAAUGCAGGCAAGGGACGCGAGAGACAAAUUUUACAGGAAACCAUUCACAACUUUCACUCUUCCUUUGAGAGCAGCGCCAGCAACACCAGGGCCCCUGGCAACAGCCCCUGUGCGUGAUCUUCCUUCCCGCAGCCACCAGCGUGAGCUCUGAAUCCCGGGACCCCUUCACAUGGCCACGGCCCCAGCCCUGCCCCCAUCACACUGCUGUUCCUUAGUCACGUUGUUCCCUUUGUUCGGGAUGCCUGCUUCACAUCCACUGCAUUCGUUGGUAGUACUUGUUGCUGCAACGAACUUCAACACACAGAGACAGAUUCCCAUGUAACAGUCCAGUGGGGGUGCUUCUGGUUGGCAGGUUGGUUCACUCAGUGAUGCAGGCACUCAACUCCUUUCAUCCUGUGCUCCGCCCUCCCUGGGAGCCUCAGAGUUUGCUUCUGGCUGGCAGCAAGGGAAAGGGACGAUGGAGAAGGCAUGGCUGCUUCUUACCUGCUUUGCUCUUAACCGACACACAUCACUCCUGCUCACGUCCCCUUGGCUGCUGUUAGUCAUGUGACCCCACCUGGAUGCAGAGGAGGCCGGGAUGUGCAGUCUCCACAUAGUGGCUUCCCAGCAACAACUUUUGACUUAGAUGGGGGGUAUGUAUUAUGGUGAGAGGUUAGCCCUCUUGCCACAUCGUCCCUUAAAACUUCUAACUUGUCCCUCCUGGUCCAAGUCACCUGUCAGAUGGAGUCUUUUUUGACCCCCUUUCAGCCGCUGGGUCCCUCAGUGCUAUGUGUGUGACUGCUCUAGCAUUCCACUGCCCCUGCUGUGUACAGCUUACAGCAUGCGUUCAAGAUGUGUAUGUCAAACGCGUUUUUCUUUAUUGCAAAGACAGUCUAUUAUAGAAGGAAAGAAGUGGAGGCCUGCUUUGUGGAUCCCUUCUUCUUCCUAGCUUUCAGUUUCCUUAUCUGCAAAGUGGAGGGUCAGACCAGAUGAUGCUCUGGUACUCCACAGUGCUCACCCGUAUCACUGCAGGGCUUUCUGCACUGAAAGUGGAAGCAGAAGACUAAUGGGUCAUAUCGUGAAAGUCCUCUGGUGCUCAAAGGUUCUAGGCAAAGAAGUGAAAAUUUGGAAUUUUUUCUACAUCCUGUCAAUGCUGUGUUCCUCAAAAGGGAAUUGUCUUGUGUUGUUUCCUACCGUAUCAUAUUAUACUAAAUUAGAGUGGCCCUGACUUUUAAAACCC